CUCGUCCAUGUCCCAACCCUCCAUCUGGGCUCUUCUGCUCAACCUCAAGAAAACACUCCUCAGGGCUGCAGUUUCCUGAUUUUUGUCUAGAGUUUCCUCCCUCCGGAUGGAGAGAUGGGCAUUCCCGUAUCUUGAAAACCAGACAAUACUCCCUAUUAUUAUUGUAGACUCAAGACCAGGAGUAAAUCCUCAUUCAACGCCUCCAGUCCUGUUGAUAAUCAGGAUUCAGUGGAUCAUCCUGGAACAGCAACAUACAGAGAUGUUGAAGUCUCUCCUGCGGUCAAGAGAAAUGAUUGAGGAAGCAUUGAAUAUGAGGGAGAACAGUGGGAAUACUCAGAUCUCUGGCUUUUAAAAACAAACCCUCAUUAAGAAAUCUCAUUUUAAUGUCUAAUCUCUGAGUUUAUGUUCUUUAAUGGGGAUAUUUGGAUGUUUGGACUCAUGAUUUUGUGAACCGGACUAUUUCAAGUUGUCAAAAGGAGAUCAAGAGAGAGAGAGACAGGAAGUGGAGGUACAGUGGAUAUUUUUGUCCUCUAUUAAUCUACAGGAAGCCUGACUUCACUUUCUCUUCACUCCUGGACUCUUCCCUGCGGCUCCAUCACGUCUGUAACUCUGUGUGCUGGAGUCGGGCAGAUGGACAGUGAUGGAUCUUAUGGACUUUGGCCUCAGGAAAGUUCUCCUCCAUUACACCACCUCUGGUAGGUGACGAACCGUUCCGCUGUAAUGAGCUCCAACAUGCCGUGAUGGGAAGUUUUACUGUGACUCUGGGAAAGUGUACGAGAGCAGUCGAAUGUGAGAAGAUGGAGAGGGGUUUGAACAAACUCUGAUGGUUCCUCUCCAAAAUAAAUCAAUUGUUGAGUCCAUGUGACUCAGAAAAUAUCAUGGGCAAUGGAUUGAGAAAAAUGAAGCACCGGCGCAAGUAUUGGUUUUGGUCGACCAAAGAUAAAGCUGGCAAGCCGAGCUGUUUUCUGUCCAAACAAUCGGAUGAAGAGGAAGCUUGUGUUGGGGUGAAGAUCGCACAGAGCAAAGCUGUUGGCAGCAGCAGCACAACCGAGCAAAGCCGCCGCAGUGAGCGCUUGAGUCGUGGGUCCAGAUUCAGUGACAAGAGUCACACUGGAGUAAAUGGACGAGGUUCAGGCCGCCGGCUGCUGCAUCCCAAACCGCAAGUGCCUCCUAAGCCAGCACACCUCCAGAGUCCGGUGACAGAAAUCUCUAUUCCACUUGGCACCGGAACGUCAGCCAUCAAACCCAGUAUGGAAGGGGGAGGAGUAGAAGGAGCCAUAGGAAAGGGCAGAGUGUCCAACCUCAUCAGUCGCUUUGAAGAGAGCAGACACACAGAUGGUCAGAGGGAGGCUCCGACUUUGAAGCAGGUCAGCAGAUCUCCCAACUGCAGUCCAGCACACAAGAACAACCAGAAAGAAGAGCAACCGACUGACUCCAGCUCCACCACCGGCAGCCCACGUCAUGCUCUGAAACCUCCUAACGGGGUUCUAGCCCAAAUGAACAGGGACCGGCUUGAGGAUCAGGGUGGAGUUACAGACUCAUCAGUUCCAGUUGUGAAGAUAGACACGCAUGGACUGGUCAAUGGAGAUGCAGCAAUGGACAGUACAGAUGGGAACCGUGUCGAUGUAUCUCACAGUCAUAUAGAUCGGAGCGAGGAGAACGAGCAGCAGUGUGUUGUGAUGAACAACAUCCCAGAGCAGAAGGAAACAAAUGAACAGAAGCUUUACAAGAUAGCAAACGAGCUUCUACACACAGAGAAGGCUUAUGUUGCACGACUCAACUUAUUAGAUAAAGUGUUCUGUGCCAAGCUGAUGGAAGAGGCCAGAAAAGACACGUUCCAUGUGGAUGUGGUGAAAAACAUCUUUUCCAACAUCUCUUCCAUUAAUGCCUUCCACAGCAAGUUUCUUCUGCCUGACCUGGAGAAACGCAUGGGGGAAUGGACAUCAACACCUCGCAUCGGAGACAUCCUACAGAAGCUCACUCCCUUCCUGAAGAUGUAUGCAGAGUAUGUGAGUAACUUUGAUCAUGCCAUGGACCUGCUGAAGCAAUGGACCGAUCGAUCGCCUCAGUUCAAAGCCAUCAUUCUGGAAAUCCAGAGUCAAGAACAGUGUGGCAGUCUGACGCUGCAGCAUCACAUGUUGGAGCCGGUGCAGCGAGUGCCGCGCUACGAGAUGCUGCUCAAAGACUAUCUGAAGAAGCUUCCUCAGGAUCACAUAGACCGGCGAGAUGCUGAAAAAUCUUUGGAAAUAAUUGCCAUGGCUGCCACCCACUCCAACACUGCCAUCAGGAAAACUGAUAACCUGAAGAAACUGCUGGAGAUUUACGAGAUGCUGGGAGAGGAAGAGGACAUUGUGAACGCCUCAAAUGAGUUAAUAAAGGAGGGUCAUAUUCUGAAACUGGCAGCGAGGAACACUUCGGCCAUGGACAGAUAUCUCUUCCUGUUCAACAACAUGCUGCUGUACUGUGUCCCCAAGUUCAGUCUGGUGGGACAGAAGUUUACAGUGCGCACACGCAUCGGCAUCGAUGGCAUGAAGGUUACGGGGACGUUUAACGAGGAUUACCCUCAUACCUUUCAGGUUUCUGGCAAAGAACGCACACUUGAGCUGCAGGCCAGCUCUGAACAGAAUAAAGAAGACUGGAUAAAGGCAUUACAGGAAACAAUACACAUUUUCCUCCAGAAAAAUGAGACAUUUAAGUCUGCAUCCAAAGAAGUGGAGGAAGUAUCGGAUCUUCAGAUAUCCGAGCUGGGGAAACGAGCCCCUCGCUGGAUACGGGACAAUGAGGUGACCAUGUGCAUGAAGUGUCGAGAGCCCUUUAACGCCCUCACGCGCAGAAGACAUCACUGUCGAGCCUGUGGAUAUGUGGUGUGCUGGAAGUGUUCGGACUACAAAGCCCCUCUGCAAUAUGAAGGCAAUAAGAUGAACAAAGUGUGCAAAGACUGUUACUCCAUCCUGACGGGACACAUCGACGGCGAGGAGAAAGAGGGCAAGAAGAAAGGAAUUCUAGAGAUUGAAGCAGCUCAGUUCUCUGGCAGUAGUAUAAUGUGUGGCUUCCUGCAGUAUUGUGAGAAGAAUAAGCCCUGGCAGAAAGUCUGGUGUGUCAUUCCUCAGAAGGAAGCUCUAGUUCUCUACUUGUAUGGAGCACCUCAGGAUGUCAAAGCCCAAUCCACAAUUCCUUUGCUCGGUUACCAGGUUGAGGACACUCCAAGACCUACAGACCCUCCGUCAAGCUUCAGGUUAUCUCAAUCCAAGUCAGUCCACAGCUUUGCAGCAGAAAGUGAAGAACCAAAGCAACGCUGGCUCAAGGUGAUCCGUUUGGCGGUGAUGGGUGAGGUAGCAGAGUCCCCGCUACCUGGAGAGGGCACUGCCACAGAAGGCUCCCAGGAACCCAGCUCUAACAGUGUCUGAGCAAAGAGAGGAACUCUUGUGUUCACUACUGAUGGGGCAAUAUUGCCAAGCCUCAUUUUGCUGUUAGAUCACCACAAAGUGUUGACACUUUUGCUCACAUUGCACAGACUAUUUGCGUCAUCACGGACAGCAUUUAAAACCCAUGCGUGUGUGCCCCCUGCUGGUCGGUCUGAGCUAUAGCAUUUUGUCCAGUUCUCCUAACAUUCCAUUUGGAUUUGGACGCAUAAAAAACAUCAGGUGGAGGACUGUAAGCACAAUCGCACUGUUUGGUGCUACUGGACAUUGCAUAAUUCAAAAUCAGUCUGGCAAGGAUCAAGCCAAAAGAAGAAGAGUACAUGGAGGAUUGAACUAGAGAUCAUUGUCAGAUGUACUAAGCUGUCAUGGCCACCCGCUUAUGUAAAUAUUGUACAUUCUGAAGAAAAGACAUGUUUGUAUGUAUAAAACAUUGAAACAGACAUCCAUUCUCUUUAUAUAUAUAUAUAUAUAUAUAUAUAUAUAUAUAUAGGCCUAGAGGAGCAUUCGGCCACUAUGAUUUUUGCCAAGAUGGGUUCUUGGAAUUACAUUUUGGUCAAAGAAACAUAAUCCUAACCCUUUACCCAAACCACAACUUUGACCCAACCCAUUUAUGCCAAAAACCAGAGGGAUAUGACUGGUUGAUAAAGCCCUCAGCCUAAACCUAAAAACAAAUUGAAGUGAAGAAUUAAAGCACCCUUGUGGUAAACCUUCCCCUCCCAAAUCCCUGCUAUCUGAAUGAUGAAUAUAAAUGUUGUACCAGGACCAACAAACAUGUUUGUCCAAGAGCACAUCUUGCUUGGCAAAUUCAGUCUCCAGGAGUGUCUGGGAUGUAAUUAAAUGAACCAGCAGGUGAAAAUGCUGCUUUAUGUUGGGGUUUGAUUAAAUUGUUUGCUUUACCGCCAUCAAAUUCAAAUUAAUUUCAAAGUCUAAUCUAAUCAAUUAUGAACGAAGUGUCACCAUUUUCACCAAUAGUUCUGCAACCGAUUACAGACUUAGACUUUUUCCAUUCUCAGAGUUGGUAAAUGUGUGAUUUAUCAGGUAUUUUCUUUCUAAUCAUGCUAAUUUAUUCAUUAUUGAUGAUAACUGGUUAUAAACAGGGAUAGGACCUGUGUAUAUGUGAUUUUGAGAAAAUAGAUUCUGGGAUGGACCAUUUUUCUACAAAGUCAUGUGACCAGUGGGUGUAAGAUUUUCUGUUCUUAUAUGUAAUGACACUUUCACUGUGUGCAGCACAAUCAGCUUCAGUAGACCCACUGGAGCAAGGAGACAUUUACAUGUUCUUUAAAUACUGGAAUUAUAAUUGUAUUAUUUAAAAAAUAAUUUAUAGCCAUUAUGCAUAAUUUUACAUGGCAAAUAUACGAUUCUCAUCCUUCAUAGAUCCAAGAAAAUGCUGGUGUAUCUCUGAAAAACUAACAUGCUAUACAGUCAUGUGAAAAAGAAAGUACACCCUUCUUGAAUUCUAUGGUUUUUCAUAUCAGGACAUAAAAAUCAUCUGGUCCUUAGCAGGUCUUAAAAUUAGGUAAAUACAACCUCAGAUGAACAACAACAACAUAUGACAUAUUACACUGUGUAAUGAUUUAUUUAACAAAAAUAAAGCCAAAAUGGAGACGUACACCCUUACUGCUUCCUUAGGAAUUAAGAGGCUAAGUAGUUGCCAGGUGCUGCUAAUCAAAUGCCCUUGAUUAACUGAUCAUCAGCAAGUGUGACCACCUCUAUAAAAUACCAAAUUUGAUCAGUUUGCUGGUCUGGAGCAUUCAGGUGUGUGUUAACAUAAUGCUAAAGGAGGAAAGACAUCAGCAAUUACUUUAGAGAAGCAAUUGUUGCUGCCCAUCAAUCUGGGAAGGGAUAUAAGUCCAUCAUUCUACAGUAAGAAAGAUUAUUCACAAAUUGAAAACAUUGAAGACAGUCUUCCUAGGAGUGUACGUCCCAGCAAAUUUACCCCAAUGUCAGACCGUGCUAUGCUCUGAGAAAUUGCAAAAAAAAAAACAAGAGUUACAUCUCAGACUCUACAGGGCUCAGUUAGCAUGUUAAAUAUUAAAGUUCAUGACAGGACAAUUAUAAAAAGACUGAAGUAUGGUUUGUUUGGAAGGGUUGCCAGGAGAAAGCCUCUCUCGGUUUGUAAAGUUGCAUCUGAACAAACCUCAAGACUUCUGGCCAUAAUGGGGCGGCUGUGGCUCAGAUGAUAGAGCGGGUUGGCCACUAAUCACAGGGUUGGCGGUUCGAUUCCCGGCCCACAUGUCUCCACAUACCGAAGUGUCCUUGGGCAAGACAAGGUGAUAAGCCUGAAAUUAGGAGAAACUUUGGGUCCAGAGUUACACCAGCAUUGUCUUGGAUAUACGAAGGAUGAGAAUUUGUAGAGAAGCAUAUUCCAAGAAUUACAAUUAAUAACAUUGUAAAUUAAUUUUGGCAAUAUAUUGGUUAUUCUUUUUUUUAAUCAUUUUAUCUUGCAGUAUGAGAUAUUUAGACAAUAAAUGGCCUUUAUUUAUAAUCAAUCUGACAAAGUGGCAACUUUCAUAAGGUUACGUGUGGUAAAAUAUUUUUUUUGUAAUUUUAAAGGAUGCGUGACCUUGUAAAAACAUCUUCACGACUGAAUUUUUUUUGUUUGUUUUUUGUUUACCAACCAGUUGUUUCCGGUGUUCAUAUUCUCUGUAUACGAUGUGCCUGUGACAUUUAGAGUACACUGUUACACACAUUUUUGUGGGCAAAGGGGAAAGCAAACGAUGUUGUUUUAAUUAUCUUCACCACACUUUAUAUGUACCAACUGAAACUGAAGAUCUACGCACUUUACUGUCUUCUAUAAAGUGUACCUUGUAAAAUAAAAAGAUUAUUCUGCAAGGGUUUUUUCCUCUCUUAGAAAUGAAAAGUGUAAAAGUUCACAAUUGUAUUUGUCAUCCACAAAAAAGUUAGGAUUUCACAAAUGUUUUCUUUUUUAACUUAGCUGGGAUAGGCUCCAGCACCCCUGUGACCACCCCAAACCUCUUGGUGUGGUGCAGU